AUGGCCCGUGUGAAGCACACCCCGGAGUCCGCUAAGGAUAGCCCUCCGGCGCCAGCACCUGCUGAGGAGACGGAGAAGAAGCGCAUGGAGUGGGACCAUGAGAUGGAUCGCAAGCUCUUGGCGGGCAUGGGCCAUGUGAAUGGCGCCCCCAACUACCUGGCGCUGGCCAAGUUCGUGGACCCGAACUGCUCGAUCCGUGCUGUUCAGCAUCGCCUGAUCGAUGUCAAGAAAGACUAUCCCUGGCCUGUCGGCAUGGACAAGGAAGGGAACGUCGCUGGCGAGUCCGCAGUCCUGCCAGGUUCGUUUGACGCAACUCGAAAGCGCAAGUCCGGCGGCAACACCAAGAAGGCUGCAUCUGGCAAGAACAAAAAGGUGAAGAAAGAGACCGAGCAUAUUCCUGUGGCCACCCCCGAGCCAAAGGCCGAGGUUGAUGCCAAAGAGGAAGCUUCCUCUUGA